AUGGUGUUCGGCGGCUGUUUCUGUCACCCGACAUCAUUCGCCAAAGUGGAGCCCUUUCCGGUAAAUCCUUAUAGCUCCGAAACCACCAAUGGCACCUGCAACAACAGCAAUGCGGCUGCUGCCGUCUCGACAUCAGCAUCCACAGCAGGCAUCAACGCCAGCUCCCGGCCCCCUAGCCACUACAUCGCCAGGCUACGCUCCCCGAACGGCCAGCCGCUAAAACCCGCACUCAAGUCUUCAGAUGCCUCCUUGGUCUCAAAAGCCGGCUGUGGUGGAAGCGGCACGAACGGUGACUUUGGUGUUGACGGAACCCGUCCCACGAGCAAAUGUGCCCUCAGCACCGCUACCCUCAGCGGCAUUGCUGCCAGCAGUAAGGUCUGUGUCAGCGACAACGGUGCCUGCCGCGGUGCUGGUAACGCCAACAGUAACGGCAACGGUAAGGCUCAAGAUUUCGAUGAACGUGUUCAGCGUGAGUACGGCAGCGCAAUAAUGGAGACAGGCAUCAAGGAGCCGGGCGAGUGCUGCGACUUGGCUUCCGAUGGCGGUGAUCCCCCGUACAGAGGUUUUCUGUACGACGACCGUGACGGCAUCGCCUGGUGGACGAAAAUCCGUGGUGUUCUCAUUGACACAGGCCGCAGCGUGGCUCACCGCAGCCGCCGCCAGGCCAGGGCAGGCGGAGCGGAAGAUGGCGCCGGCGGCGGCGGCGUCCGUGGCGGCGGCAGUAGCAGCGGAGGCGUGACUGCCGUCGACGGGGAGGAGGGGGAGGAGGAGGAGGCGGAGGAGAAGGAGGACUUGGGCGCGCCACCGAAGCGAUCGCUGGACAUUCAGGGAAGCCCAGGACUGACGACAUGGGGUCCGGGGCCGCGUUCACGCUCGCGCUCGCCUUGCUCAUCAUCACGGUCUCAGGGCACUAGUGGCGACGACGACAACGCCACGGUGGAGCAACCGGAGACUACGACACCCAUGGAGGUUGUUGGUCGAGGGUCUGGUUUCGGAGACACGAAGCCCGACGAUGAGGCGGCGGACGCGCCACUUGACGCCUUCACCGCCACCGUCACCUUCGAGAGCAGUACCCCCGCCGCCGCCGCCGCCGCGGACCUGACUGAUAUCUCAUCGGCUCCAUGUUCGCCUUGUCUAACAUACGGCAGUGUGGAUAGUACGGGAGCUGCGACCACGGCCAUCGCGACGGUCGGGGGCAGUGGUAGCACCUCACCAAACACGUGCCCUACAUCCGGCGUGCCGACGCUGCCGCCGCUUUCCCCGUCGAAGGCCCGUACACGCCAAUCUUGA